AUGGAUUGCGAGGUGGCUGCAUUUGCCGGUUGGAUUGCGAGUAUUGGAGGAUCAAAUGAUGGUUGUGCCGCCAUUGAAAUUCCAGAUGAUAUAAAAUUGGAUCCCUCAGAUGAUCCAGUUGCUACGAUUGUAGAAAGUACCUAUCCAAUGUUCAAGAACGCAACUAACGAUCCGAGUUAUUUGAAUGAUAGGGCAAUAUUAGCUCCCACGUUGGAGGUUGUUGAGUUCAUCAACCAAUACAUGUCUGACUUGAAUUCUUCUGAAGGUCGUACGUAUUUGAGCUUAGACAAUACAUCUAAAUUGGAUUCUUGA